AUGUCUUCAACUCUAACUCUUUCCGGCUUCCAAGGCCGUCAGAUCGAAGUUCCGACGGGAUUGUUUAUCAACAAUCAAUUUGUUCCCUCAUCCACCGGCCAAGUCCUUGCAGUAGAAAAUCCCUCAACGGGCGAGAGGCUUGGCACAAUCUCUGCCGCUGGGCUAGAUGAUAUUAACCAAGCCGUCGAAUCUGCCAAGGCCGGAUUCAGGAGGUGGAAGGCUGUGUCGGGUCCAAACAAAGGUCAGCUCCUGCUUAAGCUGGCUGACUUGAUUGAACGCGAUGCACAAGACCUAGCUUCCCUCGAAGCAAUUGAUGCCGGUGUCCUCUAUACCGAUUCGAUCGGGAUGAACAUCCCUCAGGCAGUCGGUUGUCUUCGUUAUUAUGCAGGCUGGGCUGGCAAAAUUGACGGUAAGACGCUGGACAUGGAUGGCGGAAUCGCCUACACCCAUCGGGAGCCUUUGGGCGUCUGCGCUGCCAUUGUUCCUUGGAAUGCGCCUCUCAUGAUCACUAUUUGGAAACUCGCUCCAGCAUUAGUAACAGGCAAUGUUUUGAUCAUCAAAUCCUCUGAGCUGUCGCCACUAUAUGCCCUCAAGCUUGCGAAAUUGGUGAAAGAAGCCGGGUUCCCUCCUGGUGCUGUCACUGUGGUCACAGGCGAGGGUGCCACCGCUGGCCAAGCACUCUCUGAGCAUAUGGAAGUGCGCAAGGUUGCCUUCACCGGAAGCGCACUUGCAGGACGUAAGAUCCUGCAAGCUGCAUCACGAACAAACCUCAAGAAAGUUAGCCUUGAGCUCGGUGGAAAGGGGCCAUCCAUUGUCUUUGAUGAUUGCGAUCUUGAAAACGCUUUGCUGUGGACUCGUAUUGGAAUUACGGCCAACAAUGGCCAAAUCUGUGCCGCAGGAUCGCGCAUCUAUGUCCAGGCUUCCAUCUAUGAUCGGUUCGUCGAGGCGUACAAGAAGGCGUCGGCCGAUGCCCCCACGGUUGCGGGAAAUCCUUUGGAAGCUUCCACCACAAAGGGACCGGUGGUGAGUCAGGUACAGCACGAGAAAAUUCUCGAGUUCAUUCGGCAAGGGAAGGAAUCUGGAGCCAAGCUUCUGUUUGGUGGAGAGCGAAUCGGGAAAAAGGGAUACUUUGUUCAAAACACCGCGUUUGCGGAUGUUGGUGACGACGCGACAAUCAUGCGGGAGGAAAUCUUUGGUCCAGUCGCGAGCAUUGCCAAGUUCUCCACCGAAGAUGAAGUGAUCUUCAAGGCCAAUGACUCGCAUCACGGCCUCAGUGCAGCAAUUUUCACCAAUGAUGUUAGUCGUGCUCAUCGCGUGACCAAGGCUUUGGAAUCAGGCCAGGUGACCGUGAACGCAUGGGCAAUGCUCAGUCCCAACGUUCCAUUCGGCGGAGUGAAGGAGAGUGGGUUCGGACGAGACAUGGGCGAAGAGGCUCUAGAGGGAUGGACCACGGUAAAGGCCGUCAAGUACAACAUUUUACCACGGCUCUGA